GUGUACCACGUCGGACCUUUUCUAGUGAAAGACUCGUCGUUUGUUUUGACGGCGGCGCUUCCCUUCAAGAGAUGUCUUCAACCCUUUCGAAGCGUUAACACAAAACGUCGCUAACAUUUAUGCACGCUAUGGCCGAGGACGAGCUGUCUGCAUUCAGGGACCGUUGGCAACGGGAGUUAUACAGAGCAAAAGAGGAGCGGCGCUUCUCUCUUGUUCCGUCCCCCAGCCCCAGUUGCGAAGACGCGAGUGGAGGUCAAAGCGAGUCUGAGCCCGAGACGAGUGGUGGCGCGGAAGGGUCAGAUUACGUUUCCAUCGCCAGGGGCUUGCUGGGCGGAAGGACGAGUCCCCUUCUGAACAGACUCGCGGAGGAGAGGAGCAGGAGGAAGAAGAAGUACCAGGAGGAGACAUCCGUCUGCAGGGAGUCGCUUAAGCAUCCUCGGAAAAAAGUCCAGAAAGAAGAGCAACUGGUGGAUCGACUCAUUCUAGAUCUGAACGAGGCCAACGACAUCCCCUUCUUUGACGUGGACUUGCCGUAUGAGUUAGCCCUGAAGAUAUUCCAAUACCUUAACCGCUCUGAGCUCGGCAGAUGUGCACAGGUGAGCAAGGCGUGGCGAGUUCUGGCCGAGGACGAGGUGCUGUGGUUCAGGCUGUGCUCAGCGGAGGGCCACGCACGCGGCGCCACCGUGUCCGACUCGCCUUGCUGGAAGGCGGCGCUGCGAGACGGUCGCCGGGCGGCCGCCGACGUGCGCGCCAAUUGGAAGAAUCGCGUCGGCUGCAUCAGCCGGCUGCAGUUUGAGCUGGGGAAGGUGCUGUGCGACGUCAGCUCCUGCAACAAUUACGUCCUGGCAGGGUACUCGUCGGGGGACGUCAGGCUGUGGAACACAUCGCAGCGGGAUCUGCCGUCGUCCCACCUCCGGUCCAACCAGCUGUCGGCACUCUCCGAGCCCAGGCCGCCUGUCGCUCUGGUGUGCGUUGGCGGACACGUGGCGGCGGCCGCCUACCGCGACGGCUGCGUGGACGUGUGGAGCGCACGGGCGGGCGGUGAGCCCAUUUACCACUGGCAGUCGGCGGCAAGCCACCGCGCCUUGGCCCUCAGCGCGGACGGCUCCGUCCUGGCUUCAGCCGUCGGCUCGGACGUCCGGCUGGAUGGCGCCGACGACCGCGGAGCAUGGAGGACACUCCGCCUGAGCCUCCUCCCUAAGCCGGUUCACAGUUUGGUGCUGGUGCCCAGUGGUGGUGGGCGGCGGCGGUGCCGCCGCGCGCUUACCGCGGCGGCGGCCGGUGACUCGGUCUACCUGCUGGACGAAGAGGAGGAGGAGGCCAGCACGCUGCACUCGGUGUACGGACACCCCGUCACCUGCCUGGAAGCCUCUGAGCGUCACCUGGCCUUCGGGGUGAAGCGCGUCGGCAUGGCCAACAAGAUUCAUGUGUACAGCGUGGAGACGGCCAAGGAGGUGGUGUGCGUCGGCGACUCACCGGGCGACUUCACCUGCGUCCACCUCCAAGACGGCAGCGCGCCGCACAUUAUGGCGUGCGGUAAUAAAGACAGGAGGGUGCGCGUCUUUGACCUGCGUUCAGGCACCUGCGUGUCGACCUUGUACGCGCACCAGCUGGGCGUGACGUCGGUGCGCGCCGACGACUGGAAGGUGGUGAGCGGCGGCGGCGAGGGCCUUCUGUGCGUGUGGGACAUGAGAACGGCCAGCAAGCUGUGGGAGAUGCACAACAGACAUCCCGUGAGACACGUGCGUUUGGACAGCCGCACGCUGCUGACGGCCAACGUCCCAGACGACAAGACGCCACGGGGGGCUUGCAUCACAGACGAUGACCUGACGGCCCAUCGCAGGCACCGAGGAGUCAUCUGCCACUACGACUUCUCAGGCGGCGAUGAUGAUGACGACGGUGGUGGCGUCCUUCCCAUCUGCAGGUCCAACUACGCCCAAUCUCACGGCUACAACUACAACAUUGCGCUGGCCGUGCCCUAUGACCGCCUCAGGUGACAAAAUGAGCAUGAAAAGCAAGGCCAGCAUUAUUUUUCUUUUCGCACUAGCCGCAGGUAGUGUAGGGGUACGCUCCACUGACUUGUCUGCAAUCUGCGUGCAUGGAAUCUAUUCCUGUUAAUGACAAUGUACAAAAAGGCAUGUUAAAUGAAUGAAAUGCUUUUGGGGGUCCCUCACCUUGUCGCAUCUGCAUAUGUGCUCAGAGAAAGGGGCGGUCAAGAGGUGGCUUUUCUGCAGCGCAUGGUGGUGGUGUUGCCAGUAGUGAUGGGCACAUGAGGCUUCAUUGGGGUUUGAGGCUUUCCCACCAAACGGUGUGCAAAUAGGUUCAUUUCUCGAGGCUUCAUGAGCACACAACCCCCCCCCCCCCCUGCUGGUCAAACGGAGUAAUUCAUUCCAUUAAUGAGAAUUACAUACAUUCACCUUUAUACUUUGCUUCAUGUAGCCUGAUCAAAAUGACUCAAAUUUCUCUCUGUAUGUGCGUUCACGUGUAACAUGGAAGGAGGUGGAAUAUUGUGUUUAUUAGUCUUUAUUUGCAAGAUCUUGGCUUGCUUUACAGCAGUCGGUACACAAUGCACUUCAGCAGAUGAAACAACAACCUCAUAGUUCCGGUCAGGAGGAUACAUAGUGUCCACAAGCAGGAAUACGGAAGAGAAGAAAAGGGAGGGCAAAAGAAGGAAAAACAUAAUUUGUUCCGUUAUCACCUGAAUGUCUUGUUAUCUACUGAAUAUUUUGUAUCCAUGUGUCAUGACGUUAAUGAGCUAUGCCAUGUGUAAUGGAAAUGUUGUGUGUGCUCUAAUGGAGCAACUAUGUUUGUAUAAAUUAAUAAGUAUUUACACAUUG